AUGCUACAUGCCAUGAUCGCCGCUCUUCUGCUUGCCAUGGUGGCUACCACCGUUGUUGCAGCACCCCCUCCCACCGAGCUCACAUUUCCGAGAUCUUCUAUCGUCUACCACGAGGAGCCGCAGGAUGAUAAAUGUUGCUUUGCUCUAAAAGCUGUCCACAUCAUGGAUACCGGCGAAGUCAAAGAUGUCGGCAUUGUCAAGCAGAGUACCAUUGGAGAGCUUCGUAUCGGUGGCCCCUUCCAGCAAGGAUUCUUCUGUGUGAACCCUGAUGAUGGCGCCAUCAAAGAUGGUAGAGACAACACCUGCUUCAUCAAUCAGGAGACUCAACACUUUCAGUGUUUUCGAGGUCUUCAUGGCACCAAUCUUUUCAAGUUCAAGGAGUUGGAUUUGCCCAAUGGUGCUGUUGUUCCACUUCUCACCCAAGACGGAAACGAGUCGUUUUUUAUGUGUCCUACAACCAGAGGUGUCGAUCCUGUCUCAUCGACCUACAAUAUCUUUUCGGCAAGCAUGCCACAGAGAAUUGAUUGUACCCAGAUUGUACUCUUCCAGCAUCAGCAAACACCCGACGUUUGUCACAUUGACCAUGACGACCAUUUUCUUAAAUUCUUGCACAAAAGAAGAUACAGUUUGUCACAAGAGCAUUUCUGCAAAGCCUUUUCGGGAAAUUCACCACUCAGUCCCCUUAUCUUCCCGAAGAACUCGGCCGAAGUCAACUGGCAGUACGACUCUGGAUUUGUCACCAUGCCCAAUCCAACCAACGCUUUGAAUCUCCAUCUCGAGUUCCACAUACCUGCGUCUUAUGUUCCUGCCGUCGCAGACUCAGCUCCUGGUCGUAUGUGUGCGCUUCAGUUCCGUAUGCCUGUCUGCCCGGAAGCCCCCGCUGGAUACCCCUGCGUUGGUGAAAAGGACACGUUCUAUAUGCUUGUGCGUCUAAGCAAGGACAGUCAUGCGAGUUACAAUGGAUCGAAGAUGAGGAUUCACCAUACGAUUCGGCCUGGAGAAAAAGUCACACUUUUUCAGUUCAGCUGUGACGUUGACAUCAAGAAGAAGAAUCGCGAGAUUACUUGGCAUGUCAUUGGUGGUCACUUCAAAUCUCGUAGUCCUGAGACUACUAUGGGAUACGAUGUUCUGUUUGACGACGAAAAAGGGGAUUGGGCAAGAAAUGCGUUUUUCGUCGAGGCUUGUGAAUGA